GUUGUAGGCUAUAACCAAGCCAAUGUGGUAAUCCUGCACAGAUCACUGGCUGACGAUUUUGAAAAGUUCUGCCGAGCCAACAGUGGCCCCCUUCCCCUGUUAUAUCGCAGUGCCCCGGGUGAAUGGAAGUGUCCGCCGCUGAGCACUGAGUCAGAUAUACGGACGGACUGUCCCCUGUAUCGGAGAUAUGAAAAUGGCACCUUCACAGGAAGUCUCGCCAACCUUGAGAACUACUCCGAGCAGUUGAAGGACAUGGUGACGUUUUAUCUGGGCUGCAGCUUCUCUUUCGAAAGCACUGUGCAAAAACUUGGGGUGCCUGUGAGGAAUGUGGAGCAGGGGCGUAACGUGAGCAUGUACAAGACAACCAUCCCCUGUCACCAGGUGGGCAACUUCUCCUGCAAUCUAGUGGUCACCAUGCGGCCGAUUCCUCAGGAGAAACUGGACUUAGCGGCCAUUGCAACACAACCUAUGAAACAGUAUCAUGGGGCCCCCAUCCAUAUCGGCUCAUCAGGUCAGUGGCUUGAGAUUUGGGUUUUAGUGGUUUUAAGGGCUUUAUACUUUAUACUUUUAAGUGGUUCAAUCUUUGCCUUUUCUGGUCAGGGCUACCAUAUUUUAUUUUUUUUUAGUUAG